UGGCUUAGAUACGGACUUUACAUUCCCUACUCUUACUAGCCAGAUUUUCGGUAUACGAUGGUGCAAGGUAUAAUAGGAAGUGAGCUGGUGAAGCUUAUAAAGAGCGAUAAAGUCCCAGACAAAGACUACCUUAUCGUAGACGUCAGAGACGAAGAUUGGAAGGGAGGAAAUAUCAAAGGCUCCAGAAAUCACCCGUCUCAAAGAUUCUUGUUAGAGCUUGAUGACCUCGUCGAGCGCACCAAGGAUGUACCGGUUAUGAUCUUCCAUUGUGCACUGAGUCAGGAGCGUGGGCCAAAGGCAGCAAGAAUUUACGAAGAAACCCGCAACACUUUGCAUAAUGCGAAUCACACUGUGUAUGUGCUUCAAGGGGGGUUCGUCCAAUUCGGGCAGUCAUACAAGAACGAUCCAGAGUUGGUCGAGAACUGGAGAGAGGUCAUUUGGUAGAAUCAGCUAGGGUCCUGUAUCGAGAAAAUCUGUUCGAGAUGGGUUAACGCUGCCCUUGUCAGCUUCCUCCGUUUUCGUCUGUCGCUUUGUCUUUCUGCUUGAUAAAGCGCUUCGGCAUUUCUUCAACCACCCUUUGGAGCUUACGUCGCUCUAGUUCAAUAUUCCUCUGGCAGACAGUCC